AUUACUUCCGGUUUUAAAAAUUACAAAAUUUUGAACUUGAAAUAGUAAAACUUACAAUGGAUUAAUCGUUAAUAUGCUAUCUGCUGUGGGCGAAAGGGUAGCCCUUCAAAGGCCCUAUACACAUGGAACCUUUCAACAAAAACUCACCGAGUUUGAAGAGCUAAUAAAGGAGCUUACCUUGCAAGAUGUCGAAGCAACCCCCGAGGAAAGGAGGCAACUCAUCACAGAGAAUCUGCGGUAUGAUCAGUUCUGUGAUUCUAUCAAAGCAUUAUUCGGGCCAGAAAUCAAGAAUGCUGAUCUUAAGUCAAUUUAUAGAAAGAUCUCCACCAAUCCUGAUGCAAAAGUAGAUUGGAGUGAAUUGUUUGGCUAUUUCCAAGGAGAAACGGAUGAAACGGAGACAAAUAUUAGUGAAGAUAUCAGUAUAUUUAUGGUAUCAAGGCGUAUUAGAAUUGGCGAGGCAGCUGGAGAUCGUAAGAGACGUGAUAUUGUCCAGAGUAUAAGACACGUCCCUUCUCUUGAUGGCUAUUUGACAGUAUCUCAGAAAGGUGCCAUAUCAAUAUGGAACAGUAAACUGCGACUGCAGACAUGUUCUGAACUUAAUGAGACAUCGUGGGUGACAGGUUGUGACUACCUACCAGGCAUACGUCGUGUGGCUGCCUCUACAGAGAGAAGCAUUUGUAUAUGGGAUAAUAGGGCUAAAGGGAAAAAUCAGACACUAUUUUCUAUCAAACCAUUCGAACACUCUCCACAGUGUAUGACGUGGAUUCCAGAUUCAACGAAUGCACAUGAAGACACCAUACUGUUUGGGGAUGACCAGGGUUAUAUCAAUUACCUCACUGUUGCUGCUAAGGAUCUUACAAUGAAGAACUCCAGAGGCGAACGAAAGACUUCACAAAAUAUUAAUGUGGAUCCAACUAAAAUGACAUAUCCUGUUAUACGGAGGAAGAUUCACGAUGAUUGGGUCUUAAAGAUCAAGUAUUUCCCAGAGUUGAGAUGUUUUGCAUCAUGCUCACCAGGCGAGAAAAUCUCAUUUGUGCUUGAAGAGGUGCCAAGAAUCAAAGAUACAGGUGAAGUGCGAGGGGUUGGUGUCUCUAAGGGAGUGAAUGCAUUUGACUACAGUGUAAGGGCCAAUGUUAUUGCCACGGGUGGUGUAGAUAAAGUCAUUCGUGUCUGGCAUCCUCAUAUCUUCUCCAGACCAACAGGAAAGCUGGUUGGUCACCUGUUUACAAUAAUAGAUAUAGGGAUCAAUGAGAAAGACCAACAUAUAAUUAGUCUCUCAACAGCAAGGGUGUUCAGAGUGUGGGACAUACACACACUUACCUGUCUUCAGGUGUUCACUGAUAAUGAAGAUAGACCUGGCGAAAAGAGAAUUUACUCAAUGUUCUUUGACAACAAACAUGACAGACUUCUCACUGGCUCUAGUGUGCUUGAUGCAUGGCCUCUAACUAGGUCAGUACAGGACACUAUGCAAGUGCCACACACUCAUGACAGACCUGUAGUCUUGGCCUGUCUGAACCUGGUCCUGCAGAAUCUAAUAACAGUCUGCAGUGAAUCAGAACUGAAGGUCUGGGAGUAUGAGGGAGGAAGGCUGUUGUAUCAGAACACUGAGCCACAUGGUCCAGGGGUAGAGCUGACAGCUAUUGUACUCAAUAAAGCAGGUUAUAGGCUAGCUACUGGGGCAAUUGAUGGCUCAGUGAAGGUUUGGGAUACUGGAUCAGGGCAGGUCAUAAAACACAAGGAGUACAAGGGAAUAGAAGAGGAUGUAGCCAUCAAUUCUCUUCAUUUCUGUGAUGUGGAAGACCAGCGAUGUAUCUUACUUAGUGGAUGGGGCAAUAAGCUGAAGCUAUUACUAGACUCUAAUGAGAACAAUGACUUACAAGUACUGAGGGACUUCACAGAUGUUCUAAACUGGACAGCCCCAAGUACCCCAGCUCCUGUGGAGAUGACUUCAGAUUACACUUUCUCCAAGGGGAAACCUCCUCUUCCAGACAUUGGAGGAGGUAAUGCACAAGUCACAAACAUGUACAAAAAGGAGUGUAUCCUGAAGACACAUGAGAUUUCCAGCUGUACAUCAUAUGAUCCUUCCAAUAAGUUAAUCACAGGCUGCACAAAUGGCAACAUCAUCUUCUGGGAUAUCAACAAGUCAAUUGUAGAGAAAGUGAUCCCACUACCAGAAGCAGCACCUGGAAGUGCCGAGUCACAUUCAAAUACACGCAGCAAGAGUGGUCAUGAACGCAGGGUGAACCAUCUACAGGUGGUAGUACAUCAAACACGCAGGAUUGACCCAGACUUCAUCAAGAAGCUAACAAAGGGGCGAAAUAUUAAGGAAGAAGAUCUCGAUGCAGAGACUCUGAUAGAGACUUUACAAAGUAAACUGAUGUCACAGGCCACAUCGCAAGCGACCUCACAGAACCAAUCACGAACUCAUUCAGUGAAUGGUCUCAAUAUGGAUGGACUACGAGGGAAGACUGCUGAGAACUUCCUUGAUGAACUGACUGCUAAGAUUGAAGGUCUGGACAGUAGUACUAAGGAACAACAACAUGCAACACACACUAAGGAGGCUCAAGGUGACACCAAAGAUACUGUUGUUGAGAAGACUGAUGAUGCUACAGGUGAGGAUGAAGCUAAGUCCACGGCUGGUGAUGAGGAGGUUAAUCUUGAUGACAUUGACCCAGAUCAGUUUGUUAUUGUACAGCAGUUUGAUCCUGUACUGAUCUCUUGCCACCAAGACUCUGUCAUUCGUUUCUGGGAUCUAGAGGGUGCACUGCUACAUGAGGUGUCAGCUGUGACACCACGUCAAGGAGCUGCUGUGACAUCAUUAUGUCAUGACAGAGACUGUAAUACCCUCAUCACAGGAGACAGCAAGGGUUACAUCACAAUGUGGGAUGUUGGGAAAUUCCUUGAGGCCCCCUAUACUGAAGAUGAGGAACUAAUUAAGCAGACGAUAUGUUGGCGGGGCCAUCUAUCUAAGAUAUCAGCUCUGACUUAUGUUGACUCGACUGGCUCAAUUGUUUCCUCUUCAACAGAUGGCUCUGUCAGAGUCUGGUGGGGAAAUAGAGGGCGCUUUGUGGGAUUCUUUGGACAACAUCGGCCAUUUCAUUUCCCACAUGAUGAGGAAAGUGCUGGACCACCUAUUUUACCAUAUGAUAUCAAUGAGGCGCCAGUAGCUCCCGUAAAGACUAAAACUGACCCUCAGAAAAUCGCCAUAAAGAAUGUCAAGUAUGAAUACCCACUCAUAUUUGACAGUCAUCGCUGGAAGCCACUUAGAAGAUCUGCCCAUUUUGCCUCAAAGGAGUCCCCUCGUGAGCCCAAUGAUGCAAAGUUCUUUGAGGCUCUGAUAAAACCUAGAGCUUAUAAUGACCAUUUGGAGUUCAAUAAGAAUGGGAGCAUGAAGGAAGGAGCUGUAUUUGGUGCCUUACCCAUAUACACUGUUGACUCGAUUUCAAAGCCUAAGACUCCAGCCCUGGGUUUCCCAGUCUCUGGUGAAGAAGACAACUCAUUUCUCUAUGGAGGGCGCAAGCCUGCAAAACCAUCUAAACAAACAGAAAAGAAGAAGCGUAAAAGUGUUGGAACUGGUCUCACAUCUAUCCUCAAACAUACUGAAACGUCACAAACAAAAUAAAGCAACACAGACUUUCCUGUUUAUUCCCAUGAGAUUGUAGCAGUUUUCCAUGAACUACUUUGAAGACAUUAUACUAAAUAAAUGAGAUUAUGGUGAUGAAUUGUACUCAAAUAUUGCAUAAUAAUGUUUAACCUUGAUGUUAAAUCUUUAAGGUCAGGAAUAUCUGAAGCCUAUUAUUUUUCUAUAAAAUGAAUUGUCACAAAUUGUGAAUGAGUUUCUUCAUUCACAAACCAAAGAGAAAGUUGAUAAGUUAUCUUAUGUUCAGAAUGUUUGCUCUCCAAUGAUGUAUUUAAUGUUAACCCCAAUGUGUGAAUUUAGAGUUGACCAAGAUCACUUUAGACCAAGGGUAAAUUUAGAGUCAACCAAGGGGAAUUUAGUUUUGUCCUCGGUAGGGUAAAUUAAGACUCGAGACACAGCAAAGCAAUUUUGAAAUGAAGUUAUGAAUGAACACAAACAUUUUCUACAUGUUAAUGAGAUAAAUUAAAAUGAAAUUGUAUCUUAUUUUUACAUUACGCAUAUUUAUCCUAGUCCUAUAUUUUAUUGUAAUUCUACAAGCAUGUAUUCAGAAUUCAUAUUUUUGUAGUUCUCUGUACAUUAUAUUAAUACAGUAUUUCAAUUUGGCACUACUUGAUUUGGCGAUUUUAUCAUUUUAUCAAAACAUUUGUGGUUUGUGGCUAUUUAAUUUCGCUGAUUGUAAUAUCAUAGGAUAACAUGGUAAACUAAAGAUCGAUAAAUACUGCACAGAAUUAGCCAUCGCCAAAAACAGGC